CAAUGUUUUCGACCAAUGAUACUUAAAGAGCAUUUUGCCUUUGAGCUGCAAAUUAUUCCCUUAUGUGACAUGGCGUCUGAUAGAAAAGUUAGUUUUUGAUAGAGUUCAGACGUUAUUAUUGUUUUUAUGACAUCAUUUGACGGGGCGGCUUAUUGUAAAAGCCACAAACAUUUUCUAGAGACGUGCAUUGAUGGUAAUGCAUGCAAGGAAAACUCAGCGGAUGAACGAUGGGUACUUCGAGAAGCACCAAGCCCAUCCUUAUCAGAGUUCGAAGUACAGUUCGUCAAAAAGUUAUGGAUCCAGCAGUGACAGGUACGAGAGAAUCCGUGAUUCCCCCAAUGGAAAUUAUCGAUCGGACAGCCCAGAUUCGCAAUCACCUAUGGAUCGUGAAAGAUCAUAUCAAUCGAAGAACUCCUAUAUACAGAAAAUCCGUGAAAAGGAGAGAGAAAACAGAGACUAUAAAAUGUCCAGGGACAAGUAUUCAGAUUGUGCCAGGUCACCAAAGGACAAACGCAGUCGAGAUUCUGAACACAAAGUUAGUUCCGAUAGAAUUGAUGAAAAGAACAUUUUGCAUCCGAUAAAAUCAUCUCAGAUUUCUUCUAGAGACAGAAAACCGAUGCAUAAUAACUGUGUAGAUAAGAGAGAAGAUAGAGAUAGGGUUGUUAGAGUGGGUGAUUGGUCAGAACAUGUUAGCUCGUCUGGCAAGAAGUAUUAUUAUAAUUGUAAAACAGAAGUAUCUCAGUGGGAGAAGCCCAGAGAAUGGAUAGAACGGGAGAGGGAACGAGAUCGCUUCAGAAGCAGAGACAGAGACAGGGAUUCAGACCGAAACUAUAGUAGCUCAAGCCGCUCUGUUAUGAGACACGAGAAACAUUCCAACUCGAGAGCGGCAAAUAGCAGCAGCAGCAGCAGCAAGGAUCACAUGCGGGAUAGUGCAACAGGCAGCCGUCACUGGAGCAGUGGCAGUAGCAGGGAUGAUGGUGACGUUACCUCAAAGGAAUUGCGGCUAUCCCGAAAACAUUCUGAAGAAAAUGUACAAACAACACAAGACAUGGACAUUUCUCCUGGGGACAGUACGCCUACGUCAGAGGUGUCGUAUGGUAACAAUACGUCACAAUCAACAACUGAACAGAAUACAAUGGGACCUGUAUUACUGGCGAAUGCAUUGCCGAAGUUAACGUCGCAUCCGAUUCACGUGCCCUCGACGCCCUUAGUGAGGACGGAUGUUUCCCCUCAGAGUACCCCCUCGGUUAUGCCUGUGCCGUCGUCGACCAUUACGACUUCUAAUACGCCCGGACCUCCAAGUGUGUUAUCUUCGUUACCGAGAUUAAUGUCACAAACUUCAACGCCGAUCGAUAAUGCGGAUAAAAACUCACAACCCCUCCAAAGGUCUGGAGAAAGUGCAGUGCAUAUUUCUCUUAGUGUGGACACUAAUCACUCUGGAAUCAUUGUGGAAGGCCCCCCUACACCUACUCAUUCGGAAACUCCGGAUUGUGCAAAGGCUGUGGCAGUACCUGCUAGUAGUCCUCCAGGAAGUUUACAAACUCUUCAGGGUGUUUCUAGUUCUUUACAAGCCUUACGACCACAGGGGCCAACGAUAACACCUUCUUUAGCAAAUCAUUAUAGGGACGAUCUGGUGAAUCAUGUCAGGGGUUGGCCUGCUGAAAUUAUAGAAAAACAGGCUCAGAAAUUAGCAGAUGAAGCUCAUAUAAUGGGCAGUAUACAGUGUUCCAAAGUUUCAGCAGAACUUAAAUCAGCGAGGUCAAUAGUUCGUCUGACUGAAAUUCAAGCAACCCUACAAGAACAGAGAAUAUUAUUUUUACGUCAGCAAAUAAAGGAAUUAGAAGAGUUGAAAUCACAAAAUUCAUUCAUGUCCGAUGAUUCUUAGUGGUUAGAUAUCACAAGAUUAGUGUGUUCUUAUGGUCAACAAUUCAUCUUCGGUGGAAUCUGCGAUAAACUUUUUUUAGUCUAUUUAUAUUGAUCCUUGUAUAUUUACAUUUUCAUAUUUCCUUCGAGUCCUACUAGUUGGGCCAAUCUGGCAUUUUAUUUAAUAGAUACUAAAGACUAUAGCCUAGCUAGAGUUAUACGACCUUGUAUUUGUAUUAUAUUGGUUUUAUGUUUUAGAUUUAGAUAAAUUAAUAUAACAUAGACCAUAGGUUUUCUAUUGUGUAUAUUUUCAUUUGUUAUUUUUGUAAUUUAUAAAAUGUAUUUGAAUACUACAAGUAAUUGUUAGGUAAUAUUUUUAUAAAUUAAUUAUAAUUUUUGUCACUGUAAUUUUUUUUAAAUGUUAAAUAUAUUUUUCUUUGCAGCAACUUGUGUUAUUUAAUAUUUAUUGAAAAUUGUUAAUUCAUAUGGUUUUUAAAUUAUAUACAAAAUGAACAAAAGGACGUUGCUUUUGGUAACGUUUUGAAGUGUAUUCAAUCUGUCAAAUGAAAAUAUACACUGGGGCAAAAAGUGGGUGUUGUUGCUCCGGAAUUUCUUGAAAUAUAUAGAAAUUACAAAAUAUCUUGUGAUAUAAACCCUGUUGAUUGUUUCUGUUCGUUGCUUUGUUUUCUCAAUAGUUCUUUUGCCAUGUUCAAAUCUUCAGUCAAUUUAAUAUUAGACCAAUACUUUAUUUUUUAUUUUGAUGAGAUUUGGACGUGGCAACGAAACGUUUUAUACGAUGGCUUUACAUAGUGUAAUUUAUUUUUAAUUCCGUUUUUGAAAGGAAAUUGGAAAGCCUCUAUUUUAUGCAAUACGCGAAAACAAAUCUCACAGGAUUCAUGCCUAAUAAUUAGCACUGUUCAAUUUUGGCUGAGGAAAUACUUGUAUAGUUGUCUCCAUGUAAUUGAGUGUAUGUCUGUUAUAUAUAAUCUUACAAAAAUUGAAAUGUUCCAAAAUGAGUUCAUUAAAACUUUUUAAUCAUAAU